AGUUCAGAAAUUCCAAGAGCGCCGUGCGGACGGUCUAGAAGUUUAACUGUCACCUGCGAGGAGUAUCUAUCGUCGUCCAGGAGUACCCGAAAUUCCGGAAUCGCGAGCGGGCGGGAGAAGGAUAUCUAUAGUGGGCGGGUCACGAGGUCGAGAGAGACACCCUUAACCCCCGAGCAGCGGUAGUCGAGAUCGGAGCGCAGGACGCGAAGGACGGGAGACCAGAGAGCGACCACGAUGGGCAAGGCCAUUUUGCUCCUGACGGUCCUCCUGGGGACAGGGAUUUCCGUAAAUUCGGCGGAAGUCGAAACUACGACGCAAAUUGCCCAACCAACCACCCCGGAAGUCGAACCGAAAGCAAUUAAUAGAGUCGGAUAUUCACCCCAACAGCAGCCAUCGAACGCUACGACGACCACAUCGACCACUACGACCACCGAAAGACCAUCGAAAGAUGUCGUCAAUGAGUUGAUAUCUGCAGCGUACAUGAAGCCUAUUUUCAAUCCCAAGGAUAUCCUUCUGCAAGAGAUUCGAUCUCUCGAUGAGGAGGCCUCCAGCGAAAAGAUUCAGGAGGAAAUGGCGGAGGCCAUAAAGGCGGAGGCGCAAAAGUUCAAGUACCACCGACCGAGUACUUCGGCGAACUCUAAUUCGCCGAAGGGAAAGUCCCGAGGAAAUUCGACGUUCCUGACGUCUACUUCGUUCACCACGUCCGAAAGCCAUGCCUUGAAGGAACUGUUGAAGGCUGAGGACGCCACCUUGAACGACGGCCCCACCGAAGCCGGCGACGCCGACGACGAAGACGCCGACGACGAGGAUGACGAGGACGACGAAUAUAACGACGACGACGAAGAUGAAGACGAGGACGAGGACGAAGAGGACGAGAUGGACGACGAGGAAGACGUUAUGACCCAGUGUCCCGAUUACUGCAGAUGCUCCGGACUGUUCGCCGCUGCAACCACUGCGAAGUGCAGCAGGCUCGUCGAGGGGCAGAAUUUCGGCCCCGGGAUCGCCCAUUUGAGGGUGGAAAAUGCCGCAGAAGUUCGGCUUGGACCUCAUGCCUUCCAGGAACGUGAUCUUCAACAGCUGGAGUCCAUCUUGUUCGUCGACACCAGGAUAUCCGAGUUGGAUCGCACGUCCUUCGACGGCUUGCGUUACCUCUUUGCGGUGAACAUGACGAGGAACGCUCUUCUGGAUCUGCAUCCCGAUACCUUCCAAAACAACACCGAGUUAAGCUUCCUGACCAUCUCUGGGAACCCCCUGAGGUACUUCCAGAUCAAAGGCAAGGACUACUUGCUGGAUGCCCCAAGAGUUGCCGAGCUGGACUUCUCCAACAAUGGACUGCCCCGACUCCGCCGAACCGCAUUUGUCAAAAUGCCGAACCUGGUGUACAUCAAUCUGAGGAACAAUCAGAUCAAAACCGUGGAGAAGGCGAUAUUCGAUCCGCUGGACUCCCUGAUGGAGCUGGACCUUUCGGAUAAUCAACUUAGCGUCAUUCCUCCUGAUUUAUUCGAGGACAAGGGGGUGCAGACUCUCAAAGUCGCUGGCAACAACUUGACGACCCUGGCCACCAUAAGAGCGACGAAGUUGACGACCCUGGACGCAGCGAGGAACAGGAUCAAGGUCCUUGCCAAAGAAGACCUUAUAGGAGUUCCAUCCCUGGACCAACUGAUCCUGGCGUCCAAUGGACUCAAGAGAAUCCAUCAACAUGCCUUCGUCGACCUCAGUCAGCUGACUUAUCUGGAUGUCAGCGAUAACAAACUCACGUCCUUAAUGGAGCAUCAUCUGAGAGCGAAUCCUAGACUGCAGAUUCUGUUGAUGAACGACAAUCCUGGGUUGGAAUCCUUGCCCGUCUUCAGGACGACGGCUCAAGAAUACGAGACCUUCAGCGUUUAUCGUUUGGAAUGUUCGAAUUGCGGUCUCUACUCCCUUAAAGAGGGUACCUUCAACGCCAUGCCAGCUCUGACUCGCCUCAUCUUGUCGAAGAAUCGUCUGUCGAGUCUUCCCAAGGGACUCCUGGAGCCAUUAUCGUCUCUUCGGGAACUUGACCUAUCCGAUAACGCCAUCAGGGUUUUGGCUACCGACACUUUCCGGGGAGCAACCAGCUUGUCGAAGCUGAAUCUCGCAGGAAACGCCCUGGUGACUCUUCAAGUUUCUCCGUUCCUGUUUACUCCUGGUCUGUCCAGACUGGAUGUAAGCAGGUGUUCCCUCGAGAGAGUAUGGAGCGAGGCCAGGGUGCCCCUGAGGAGCCUUCGAUUCUUAUCCGUUCGCGGAAAUCGACUCCGUCGAUUCACCGUAGAGGAGUUGCGAGCAACUCCGAAGUUGUCCGGGUUGGACAUGUCGCACAAUCCGUUCAACUGCGACGAGGACUUCAACCAGGCCAUCGAAUGGCUGAUGGAACACAACGUCACACCAGCCGAGUCCGUGAAAUACGCGAACGACUUCGGAAAUGCUGAUGACUAUUCCGAGGGAGAAGGCAUCAACCAAUGGAGCGACCUUGCCAAGAUGGUCUGCGAGAACGCGGAUGCUGGACCACCUCCAAGACCAAUUCCACACAAGACAAAGGACUUCCCCCACAUCGUCGUGGACUUCGAUAUAUCCAGGCAAUCGAAUCAACUUCUCGAAGACGAUAUCGAUGGGAGCCAGCUGGACCAUGGUCAAGGCCACGACGACGAGGCCGAAGGUGCGUGGACUGCCGAGGAUCAGAAGGAAUAUGAAGAUUACUCCACCCUGGGACCUACUGAAGAGUACCGACCUUGGUACGGAGGUGCCAUGUGGUCGGUAAUCACCGUAAUUCUGAUUACUUUGGCGGUUCUGUUAAUGGCAUCCCAUAUAGCUGUGCGCAUGGCCAGACGUAAAGGUCGUGGGCCAGUGAUCCGCACCCCGAUGAUCCUCCGCCAAGGUCUUAUCGAUAACAAGAACUGCGGAUUGGUCUACAAACCUCUUCAGGAGGAAAUCCCGACCCCUCGCAUGCCCAAGAGGGGCAGCUUCUAUUCGGUGGGCACCUUCCAUUAUGAUAAGAUCGUGCCCGAGAGCGUGUAAUCGGCAUAUCAUUAUCGCUACUUACGAUACAAUACGAACGCAUCGGUGAUGCCUUAACAUCUUAGAUUUUAAUGGGAGUAACCUAUGAUCGUUACUACGCGGAUUAAGGGGGUAUGAAAGUGGCGUCUAAGAGGUUUUGUUUAUAAAACAUUUCUCUCGACUCGGUUUACCGAAUAGUUCGACAAACCUUACAACGUGAAUAG